UUUUCAAUCAAAUCUUCAAGUCAAACCUAAACCAAGAACACACUUACGAUUACUUCUACGCUUCAAAAAUCAUUUUGAUUUUGAUUACGUUCUCGGAUGAUCAUAGGUGAUACGGAAGAUUCGUCAGCUACGGCGGUGGAGGUGGCGGUGACGGACGGUGACGGACGUUUUCUAUUUUUCACUGCUGAGUCGGUGGUUGUUGGAGGUGAAGGAUGAAGAAAGUUAAGGGAAAGAACACUGGAUUGUUGCCUAGCUCUUUGAAGAUUAUAUCUUCUUGUAUUAAAACUGUGUCUACUAAUGCUAGCACCGUCGUCCGUUCCGCCGGUGCGUCCGUCGCAGCUUCGAUUGCUGCAUCUGGAGAUGAUCAGAGAGAUCAGGUAUUAUGGGCUGGCUUCGACAGAUUAGAAAUUGGUCCUGCUUCCUUCAGACAUGUCCUAUUGCUUGGUUAUCAGAAUGGUUUUCAAGUGAUCGAUGUUGAGGACGCGUCUGAUUUUAGCGAGCUUGUUUCUAAGCGUGAUGGCCCAGUCACUUUCUUACAGUUGCUGCAUAUUCCUGCAAAGUGUGAUGGCAAUGAGAAGUUCCUAUCAUUACAUCCAUUACUAGUAGUCGUUGCAGGUGAUGAAGCCACCAUGUCCGCUCUAGGUCAAAAUCGAAGCUAUUUGGUUGCACCUGGCAGGGAUGGUUCAAAUGUGGCUCAGUCAGGAGCUUCUGUGGAUUCUCCUACUGCUGUGCGGUUUUAUUCCUUUCAGUCCAACUGUUACGUGAAGGUUCUCAGGUUCAGGUCGACUGUUUUUAUGGUCAGAUGUAGUCCUCUGAUAGUAGCUGUGGGUCUUGAAAAGGAGAUGCACUGCAUAGAUGCCGUCACACUUGAGAAUAAAUUCACAGUUCCCACCUUUCCAGUUCCUCGAUUUGGAGGACAAGGAAUGGUUGGAGUUAACUUUGGGUAUGGUCCAUUGGCUUUGGGUCCAAGGUGGUUAGCUUAUGCUUCAAACAAACUGCUUGUAUCAAAUUCAGGCCGCUUAAGCCCAAAGAACCUUACUCCUGGUAUUAGCCCAUCCACCUCACCCAGCAAUGGUUCUUUGGUGGCUCGUUAUGCGAUGGAAUCAAGCAAGCAGUUGGCUGCUGGAAUAAUCACCCUCGGUGACAAGGGAUACAAAACCUUCUCUAAAUACUAUCCAGAGAUGCUCCAAGACCAUCCUAUUUCUUCGACACCAUCAAAUGCAGGCUGGAAAGUUAGCAAUGCUUCUUCAGAAGUAAAUAAUGCAGGAAUGGUCAUUGUGAAGGAUGUUGUUUCAGAAGCUGUUAUAUCACAGUUUAGAGCUCAUUCCAGUCCGCUGUGUGCAUUAUGUUUUGAUCCAAGCGGGACACUUCUGGUUACAGCCUCGAUACAUGGUAAUAAUGUUAAUAUCUUCCGAAUUAUGCCUUGUACCCGCAGUGGUGGUUCUAGCAAUCAAAUCCAUGAUUGGAGUUCCUCUCAUGUGCUUCUUUACAAGCUGCACCGUGGCAUAACAACAGCUGUUAUCGAAGACAUAAGCUUUAGUCAGAGCUGCCGGUGGAUUUCUAUUGUUUCAUCCAAACAUACUUGUCAUGUUUUUGUUCUAUCCCCUUUUGGUGGCGAUGCUGACUGUCGGACUCAUGGAUCCCAGAGUCAGGCAAUUAAUCCAGUUCAAUCUCUGCCAUGGUGGUCUACUCCAUCAUUCGUCAUAGAUGAGCAACCUUUUCCACCUCCAUCUCCUCUUACCCUUUCUGUAGUGGGUAGGUUAAAAAAUAAUAGUUCUGGAUUUCUUAACUCAGUUAGCAAUGCUGCUUCUUCUGCAGUGGGGAAGACGCACUUGCCCUCUGGUGCUGUUGCUUCUGUUUUCCACAACUCUAUGACUUACCGUUAUCAGGAUGUUUCCACAAAGGUUAAUUCUUUGGAAUAUCUGUUAGUUUAUACUCCAUCUGGAUAUGUAAUUCAAUACGAACUUAUGCCAUCAAUGGGGAUUCAACAUGGUUCAAGAACUCAGUCAGUUUCACAUCAACCAAGCCAAGUUGAGGAAUUAGGAGUGACAUUUGAAUCUCGUCAAUGGUGGCAAGUUUGCCGAAGAUCAGAUUCUCCGGAAAGGGAAGAAAGCAUUUCAGUGACUAGCAUUAACUGCCGAGAAUCUGCAAUGCCAACAUAUAACAGCAGGGUUAACAUCUGCAUGGGAGGUCAAAAGCUGGUGAAAAGUGAUUCAGUAAAGCGAAAUGAUAGAGCCCAUUGGUUUCUGUCGAAUGCAGAAGUCCAAAUAAACUCUGGGAGAUUACCAGUAUGGCAAAAUGCCAAGGUACAUUUUUAUGUGAUGCGAUCUGUGAAUGGGGAAGGAUUUGCAGGUGGAGAGGCUCAAAUUGAGAACAUUCCGUGCCACGAAGUUGAAAUAAGAAGAAAGGAUUUGUUGCCUGUUUUUCACCAUUUCAAUAACAUCAAGUCAGGCUGGGAUGACAGAGCCUAUUCUGUCAGAAAAAAUAACAGUUCAUUGUCUUUGGAGUCUGGUCAAUGUAGAGAGAAGGCCAGUGAUGAAUCUGUCAUCUGUCUUUCAAAGCCAGCUUCGGUUAGCUCCACAGAAAGCUCGGAUGGAGGAUCAUCCCGGAGGAUCGAGAAUUUGUUUGAUCUUGAUCCAGUGAAUUGUGAGAAGUCUAGUAUACCCAUCGGUCGUAUUCCGAAUCAACUAUAUCUUGAAACGAGACUGUCCUUAGUAAAUCGAAACCCUAAAGAAGUCUCUUCCGAGCUUUACAACACCGCCACUUCUCAAAUGGACGACCACAUUGGUAGUAGAAUAGCGAGCACCCCAUUGUUAACCACUGACCAUUUUGAUAUCAAGAAACUGCCAUGUGUGUCUCCAGGUCUUAAGAACCCAGUAGAUUUUGAUGGGUGUUUCCAGGAGGGUUAUUGUAAGGUGGUGGAACAAGUUGGUCAUGGCAAGCUAACUGGUGCUGCACUUGAUGACGAUGAACAUGAUGGGAGUCAUUGUGGGAGGGAAAUUUCAGAGAAUGAUGAGGAAGAUGAACUGCAUGGUGGGAUGUUUGACCUUUUUGAAGAAGGCUGAUUAGGUGCCAGAUCUGAAUUCUUCGAUGGAAGUGGCGUGGCAUGGUGUUGAUCAAUCUAUAUCCGAAGCCUCUUCUAUCAUUGUAUGUGAUCAUCUCUCAUCUUCUCUCUUUAAUGUAUAUUUUGUGAAUAAAAUGACAAUUUUAUGUUCUAUUGUGGGUCUAAAAUUGGGUAAAGAGGGGAAUGGGUUCUAUGUGGUUCACUCCAUUUACUGAACUUUCUAUCUAGUUUGCUUGUUUAGAUGUGAUCAGUGUGAAAGUUCUCUACAAAAUGUACAAAAUAAAUCUGUGUAUACUUUCUUUAUUCAAAAAGGUAAGCAAAAGAAAU